AGAUAAAAAUACAAAAUUUUCAAGUAUUUUGAAAAAUACCUUAAAAAUUAAUUAGAAUGAUGGAAGUUUUACACCAAUCGAACUCCUAUAAUCCAAACAUUGCUCUCAAGACCGAUCCCUAAAGGCUCAGUCCAUGGCAGCUGGACCGGAAGUGCUUGCAGCACAAAAUUAAAAGGCUAUCGCCUCUCAUAAAUAAGAUGGAGUGGUUCCAGAAGAGAGAGGCUUUCUUUCACGCAACAUGGAGCUUUUAUGCAAAUGGAUGUAAGGAACGAAUGCAAGACAUACGUCACCGCGUUGGUCGAAAUACUGACUUUAUAGCGCAUAUUAAAGAUCAAAAAGCUGCAUCCUUUUUUCAACUGCUGACACGCAACUCUCGAAGCCUGCGGCCUCGAAGCACUCCCCUCUCAACUUCAAAUACGAAUAGUACUAUUGCACUAGGAACUGCACCACACGACGCAAUACCAGAGAUUAUUUACAAAGAGUUCGUGCAAUGCUUUCACGAUGAAAGCCCGCUAGGGAAGUUCUCCAAAGCCAGGCAGCGUCGUAAAAGAAAACCUAGAUUCAGGCGCUUUACGUCCAAGGAGGAGCUCGAAAAGCUGGAUGCUGAACAGGCUGCAGUGGAAGAACAAUUAAGAAGAAGCACUAAUCCCUAUGCCGUAGAGGAUCUAACAAAAAAGUUGACGGAUCUGAAACUAAAACGCAAUCAAUUCCCGUCCAGCAUAAUUCUAUUCAGUGCAUCAAGUCUUGGUGAACAAUUCAAAUCCAAGAGAUCUAGAAAGGAAGCAAAAACGGCCUCAACACAAAAAACGAAACUAACAAAAAAGAAUGAUAAAAAACGAAGUAGAUUAGUGGCAGCGAAAUAUCUCAAGAGCUAUAGCUGCCUCGAUCUGAAAUCGUAUGAGAAGAUGAUCUAUGAUGAUGAUAUCGACAAAGAAAAUAUACGAGAACGAACACUAUUUAAAUAUGAUCACGGCUUUGGGCGACGCAUAAAGCCAAAAGAAUUCCUUGCGAGUAAAUCUAGCUUGGGCGACUCUAAGAGCAUGCAAUCACAGCCAUCUAUCAACAUGAAAUCUCCGCGGGACCCCAAUGCCAAUAGCUCGAACAGCAUACUGACUGAGAACCAAUGGUUUUCCGAUUAUGCGCACAGAAAAAAAGGAUGGCUUAAUCGUAUCAGGGAUAUCGCUAGCCCAGAUGAGGCUCAACCUCACAAGCCCGCAAUAAAGGUGGAUCACAAAAUCUCAAAACCGAGAGUACAGAACCUACUUCACCAAGACAAACUGGAUGAAAUGGAUUUGCAGGAGCAGCGUGCAAAAGCCGCACUUUUAACACCGCAACCAGAUACACCACCAGAUGUUUCCAGCCAUCUGUCCAUUCUGAAGAAGUAUGAAAAGGAACUAUUUUCACCCGCUGAGAGGUCGAUAUUGUCAUGCGCGUCGCCCCCUUCGUUCAAGCCACUACUCAUAUCGGAUCUUGUUGCGGAGUACAAAAGAACGCAUAGCUUAGAAAUAUACUUCAAUACGCUGUAUCCGGGACUAUGGGACUCUGUCAUGGACAACAUAAAGAAGCAUUUCUCAGACAAGGAGCCAACAAAAGCCACAAUAGAGCCGGCAGCACAGAGACAGCCUCCACCACCACAAAAGCCCAGACGACGCAAGAGACCGCCCACAAGGCCUCCAGAGACGAUCUGCAAUGUGCAAACGUGCUGCAUUUGCGAGUGUUUUCAACGUGCACCCGAAGCAGAUGCGGACUACAUGCGGUAUAUGAAGCACAAACGUCAAAAGCUCGAGCUACGCUCCUACUAUGCAAGAAGCAUAAUGCGCCAAUGUCUGAUACAAAAGCAUACCGAGCUCGAGUCCAUGAAACGGGAAUGCCAAGAGCUGGAGCACAAAAAACAUCAGGCGGUCGAUGAGUCUAUGGCUAUGGAACGAGAAUCAAAGCACAGCUACACGCGUGCCCUGCUAUUGGGUUGUUAUCAAGCCCUACAAAUUUGCCAGCACAUUGUCGAGCAAAAGAUGCGGCAACGCAACAUGCAACACGAUAGGCAUAACGCUAUUGCCCAAUUCUGAGAGCUGUUCGCCUAUUUCACAUGCAGACCCACGAGCUUAAAUCGAACUUCUGCUUAAACUCGACUGUAUUUGCAUCUGAACUAUACGAACAAUUGUCGGAUUGGGCAACAGUUGAACUUUUAUAAUUUUACACCCUAUAACUAUUUUAUUCAGAGUGUUUAAUUCGGCUAGUUAAUGCAAUAAACUAAAUUAUUUACGCA